CUGGUGUAACCUGUCAGUGUGUUUCUAUAUCUUGUAGUAGUUUGAUGUGUUAUGUGCCUUAUUAGCAUAUGUCAUAAAUUUUCGAAAGUUUUUAAUUUCUGUUAUUGUUCAUAGAUAAAAGUUUCGUAUAUUUGUUAAGUGUCAUAUUUUCGUAAUUACAGUUUGACCAAAACUUUUCGGUGUUUAGUGUUUUCUACCUGUAUUAUUUAAUACGAAUUAUUUAGGGUGUCCUUUGAAUGAGUAAAUCCUAUGGCGUCACUAUCGCUGCCUCGCGUACUUCAAUUAAGAAAGAACAGCUUGGAUGCUGAGCGCGAGCAAUUCGAGAAGUUUCAGCGAUUUAACUAAUGCAUGUUGAAGACUAACAAUGGCAAAUCCCGCUGAAAAACGCUUCUAUCAACUGACUUUAGCAAUACAAAAGGCUAUAAAUUCUAUAGAGACGCCGGUUAAAGAGAAACAUGUCCGCAGCACAAUCAUCGGGACGUUCCAGGAACAGAGCGCCGUCACAUACUGGAUGGUGGCCGUCCGCCUUCCUCUUCAGGACAACAGGAUCGUGUCCUGGAAGUUCUGCCACGUCACACACAAGCUGCUCCGCGAGGGUCACCCCGCCUGUCUCGAUGACUCGCAGCGGCACAUUAACAUGAUUGAGAAUUUGGGAAAGCUAUGGGUUCACCUGCGCGAAGGCUACGGACGUCUAAUAAGCUUGUAUUGCAAGCUGUUGGUAACCAAAUUGAAGUUCCACUCACGCAACCCUCGCUUCCCUGGCAACAUGCAGCUCACGGUGGAAGAGUUGGACGCUAUAGCUGAGAAUGACGUAAACAAUUACUUCCAGCUGUGCGUUGAACUUUUCGACUACAUGGACGACAUUCUUCAGCUGCAAGCAGCUGUGUUCGACAGCCUGGGCAAUGCUAGAGCUAACUCUAUGACAGCCAGCGGUCAGUGCCGGCUGGCGGCCCUCAUCCCCUGCGCCCAGGACUCCUCGCACAUAUACGACUGUAUCGUCAGGCAGAUGUUCAGACUGCACGCCUCGCUACCGCCCGACGUGCUCGACGGCCACAGAGAGAGAUUCAGGACACAAUUCAAGAAGUUGAGUUCAUUCUACAAGCACGCGAGCAGCUUACAGUACUACAGAAAUCUUUUAACAUUGCCAGUACUGCCUUCCAACCCGCCAAACUUUCUGCAACAGAGUGAUUUCGGUACUUACGUCACGCCGGUGGUAACAAUCCCUGAACUGCCCCCGGACGAGGUGGAUGCUGUCGGGUCACUCAUAGAUACUUCUGACCCGGUCACUCAGAGCCAGAUGCACAGCGAGGUGUCUGAUACUCGCAGCACCAACUCGCCAGUUCCAGAUCCCAUUGUUGAGAGAGACCGACUCAUAGAACACUUACAACAUGAACUUAAAAGGAUGAGAUCUGAAGUGUCGCAGAUAAUACAAGAGAGGAACACAAUGCUGGGGUCUAUGAGAGAGCAUUGUACACGGUUGGAGGCACAGAUGCAAAAUGUUAAGUCUGAAUUGGACGAUGAGAGAAAUAAGGCUGAAAGUCUGGCGGCUGAGACACCGGAAAUCAAAAAGAAAUUAAUGGACACCGAGGAUAAGGCGAAGGUCAUAGAUGAGAAGUUUCAGAAAUUAAAAGGCGCUUACACACAGCUGAGGGAAGAACACAUAACGUUGAUAAGACAGAAAGCCGAGGUCGACAAGCUCGCGUCCAAGCUGCGAGGCGAGGCCGCUCAGCACGAGGGCGCCACUAGCCUGUUACAGCAACAACUCAACGAUCGAAUGAAAGAUGUAGAGCUUCUGCAACAGAAGGCAUCGUCUAGUGAAGAAGUCGAAGCUUACAAAACCGAACUCACGAACCUCAGGACUGAGUUGGAACUGACCAGGCAGAAAGAAGUGGAACUACAAACACUGAGAACCAACUUCGAGGCUCUGGAGAUUGAACACAACACAGUCAAAACUGUACAACAAGACAAACUGACAGCUCUCACUAACGAUUUGAAAGAGACCAACGAGAGUUUAGAGAAGUUAAAGGCGGACUUCGAGGAGAAGGACAAAGAGCUGAGUAGAGUUAAAGAGGAAUUGACAGCGGUGUUACAGAAGAGCGGUGACGAAUAUAAAACAGCGAUUAAAGAUAAAGAAGAGGCUUUGAAGCAGUUGGCCGAGAUGAAAGCACAGUAUCAAGAGGAAAGAGAGGAACGCAUUAUCCAAACUAACAAUUUGCAAGCUGAAUUAGAAUAUUUCAAAGCAAAAUUAACCGACACCCAAAAUGAUUUCGAUUCCCAAUGUCGCAAACUGAACGGAGAACUGAAUUCUAAAAAUGAGGAGCUGCAAGCUAUACUGGAUAAGAAAGAUGCAGAAGCAAACGAGGCCAUAGAUAAAGUUAGUUUGUUACAAAAACAGAUAGAAAACUAUCGAAACGAUAUCGAAACAUCGAAGGCGACCAUAGACAAACAGAAUGAAGAAAUAGACAAACUCAACAACAAAAUAAACACGCUCGAGGAAGAUAAAGAGAAUUCGAUGAUAGAGUUUGAAAAUAUGAAUACGCUUAAUAAUAUGUUAGACGAACAGUUACAGCAGGAGACACACAAGAGAAACUUGCUUGACAAGGAAAUAUCAGAGAAAAUAGUGGAAGUGACGAGACUAGAGGAAAAUAUAGAAGAAUUGAAAACAGAAUAUGAAUCUAGACUACGUAGCAAAGAUGAUGAUAUAGAAACACUUAGAACCGACAUAGAAAAGCUGUUUGUGGAAAGAGACGAAACAUUACACGAGAGAAAUAAUUUACUAUCAAUAAAUCAGGGACUACAAAAAUCAAUUAAGGAACUACAGAAUAAGGAAAAUGAAUUAACAGCUGAGAUUGAAAAGGCGAGAAGAGAAAACGUCACCGUAAGGAAUACAUUGCAAAGCGAAAUAGAUAAUCUACGGUCCGCGUGUGUUACUAUGGAAAUAAGUAGAGAUAAUGUCGCAAGGGAACUGACGGAUGAGUUUGGAUUAAAAGAGGUCGAAUUGAAGAGGGUCAUUGCAGACAAAGACGCGGUGUUGGCCACAGCUAACAAGGACCUGGAGACAUUGAAAACUGAGGUUGCAAGGUUGACAGAGAUCCAAACUGAAGAGAGGCAAGCGUUGACUAGAUCUAUGUCUGAGAGAGAGAAAAAUAUACAGUUGACCGAGGCUAGAUUAGAGCACACGGAGAGCGAACGACUCACCGCGGAAUGUGAAUUACAGGACCUCUUGCAGCAAAACACUAUCAUGGAGGCCGAUCUGAUGUCCUUAAAGAUACAGCUGGACGAGAAGGACCAGCUCAUCAAGAAACAAGCUAGUAAGAUAUUGGCGUGUGCGACUGAGGCUGCGUUGGAUAUAACGAACGAAGCGAUCUCGGCGUUUGAGAACUCAAACGCUCAAGAUACUAACAAAAGAGCCGGCGAACACGCGGCUAAGGCUUUCGAAACAAUCGCCAGGAAGCAUAAGUUGGAGGGUAACGAGGAGCUGGUGUCGAGGAGCGUCCUCUCAGCGGCACACAACACGGCCAGGGUGUCGUACAUCGUGUCUGACGUCACCAACACCACAACUGAUAUGGAAUUGGCUGAAAAACUGAGCAACGACUGCCGGACGAUGCUGGCGAACACAAAGCAGUGUCUAGAGAAUAUAUCGACGGGUGCCAUAGACGUGACGCAGUGUCUGGCGACCGGAGCCAGCGUCACCAGGCUGUCGAGAGCCGCGGCCGAUGACGUCACCGACACGAGGGGCGUGGACGACGAGCUUGCCGACAUGGACAGGGCCAUAGAAGUAGCGGCCAAACAGAUUGAGGACAUGUUGGCUGCAAGUCGAGCUGGUGACACGGGCGUCAAGUUGGAAGUGAAUGGCAAGAUCUUGGACGCGUGUACGACCCUCAUGGCUGCCGUCAAAGUGUUGGUCCAGGACUCCAGGAACCUUCAAAAUGAACUCGGGGACCCGAAGACACGACAGAACAUGUACCGCAGGAACCCUCAGUGGUCGGAGGGCCUGAUAUCCGCUUCCAAAGCUGUGGUCUUCGCGGCUAAGUUGCUUGUUUCAUCCGCGGACGAGGCUGUGGGUGCGGCUGGUCGGGUUGAAGGUGUGUCAGCGGCGGCCCACGAGGUGGCGGGGAGCACGGCGCAGCUGGUGGCCGCCUCGAGGGCGAAGGCUCCGCCCGCGACACCCGCGCUCGCGAGACUCACCGCCGCCUCCAGAGCUGUGGCCGCGGCAACCGGCGCUGUAGUGGCCGCGGUCAGAGGCGCCUCCGCAUUAGUCAGAGAUCAGGAAACCCUGGAUACUUCGAAUCUUUCACUGACUGCUACCCGGAGACUGGAGAUGGAGAGCAAAGUACGUGCUCUGGAACUGGAGAGUGCUUUGGACGCUGAGAGGAACCGGCUGGCUGCUCUCAGGAAGAGACACUACAACCUCGCACAGAUGCACGAGAACGGAACUAUAACAAACGGAGAUGAAUGAAACUGGCCAGUGUUUAUAACGGAAAUAACUAAACCCAUGACAGUAUGACAUCAAAAAAAAAAAUAAAAAAAUUAUCCAACCAUUUCAAUACUGUGAACAACGAAUUAUUUGUAUGAAGAUUUGUAACAUUUUAAUUUGCUUAUUAUAUAUAUAUUUGAUAUAUCUAUUGUUUCCAGACACAACCAACAGAUAGGUUUAAAACGGAUUAUAUUGUAUUUUUAUUAAUUUUACAUUAAGUAAUUUUUGUACCCCGUAAACAUAGAAAUAUGUUUUCCAUUGACCUCUUAAACCAUUGACGACAGUCCAUUCCAAAUACAAUGGCAUUGAUUAGUGGCACGAUGAUAUCAAUUAUAUAAUUGUAGGUACAUGUGUUCAACGAGUGUUUAGAAAUAUAUGAAAGUAUGUAAGACUUAUUGUUUUGUUAUUUUUAUUAAAUUCUUACCGAAAUUACACUGGCAACAACAUCAAUGAUUUUAUUUACUAGUAAUCUGUGAAAUUUUAUUGAUUUAAGCUUUAAGUUGUCUACAGUUUUGCUAAUGUUAUUUUCGUGUUUUUUUUUUGAACUCCAUAUAAAUCAUUAAAAUAUAGACUGUAUCAUGUAACUUGUAAGAAGUUUAAAUUUAAAGGAAUUUUGUAAUCGAUAAUGUAAUAUUUAUAAUUUAUUAGUUUAUUUACUAAUAAAAGUAUUAACGAAA